AUGUCCUUUUUACUUUAUCCAAUUCUCGGGAGUACUUUACUAAUUAUUUUUUCCGAAAUAAUUGAAGUACCAAUUGUUAUUCCCCCAGGAGUCAGUGGACGACUUCCCCGUCGCAUAGUGUCUGGAAAUCUAGCGGAACGUGGGGAAUUCCCGUACAUAAUUUCCUUGAAAUUCGAUUUCAAGAAUGAUGAUCACAUCUGCGGGGGCUCGAUAAUAAGUCCCAAGCACAUCCUGACAGCGGGGCACUGCGUAGACUGGUUGUACCCCAGGGACUUGAUCGUCGUCAGUGGAACAACUCGUCAGGACGAUGAAAACGCUGUUCACAGUCAAGUUGCUAACAUCACGAGGCAUCCGGGAUUCGUCAGAAGAACGAAAACAUCGAGGAUUCAAAAUGAUCUGGCGGUUCUCACGUUGAAAGAACCUCUUCAUCUCGAUGGGCACCUCCAAGAUGCUGUUAAAUUACCCGUUGAAUCCUGGACCCCGGGUACUGCUGCCACCGUUGCUGGCUGGGGCUAUGAAUACGAUGUUUUCAGUCCGAAAUAUUCCAAAGAUGUUCCUAACGAUUUGAGAAAACUGCAAGUUACGAUUAUUAGCCAUGAGGAGUGCGCCAAGAAACGAGCUCAACCCUUUGAGUAUCAGAUUUGCGCCACCAGAUCUGAUGCCACCGUAUGCCAGGGCGACAGCGGAGGACCUCUCGUCGUCAACAACGUCAUCGUGGGCGUCGUCUCCACGACCAGCUGCAGGCUAGGUUCCUACUCUGGUUACAUGGACACGUAUUAUUUCAGGGAAUUUAUUCAAGACGCAAUGAAAGAGUGAAUGAUGUAAUAAUUAUUUAAUCCAAUUCUCUUAUCGUUCUUAUCUUGUAAAAGUUCAAAUCCUUUUCGCUUAAAAAAUUACUCCCUCUGU